UCGAAAAGGUAAACCAAAGCAGCAAUUGGAAGCAUUGCAGCUCCAAUGACGGGGUGGAAAUAGCUUCACAUUUAGAUGCUUUUGGUCACCUCUACAUUCCUUGGCCUCUUGCCAUUAUCUUCAGACCAGAAAGAACCUGCGACACUUCGACAAUGAACCAGAUUGUGCCAUCCCUUUUCACAAUCCUUUCUGUGGAGUUAUCAUGCUGUCCUAGAAAUGCAUUUUCAGCACCUUUCAAGGCAUACGAAGAGCUCGGGAAGAGUCCUCCAGCUCCAGAGGCCAAUGCUGGAACAGCUCAGCCAACUUCGGAAUCACUUCUGGAGUUUAUGGUCAGAAGCAUCCCACACAAGACUGGACUCUCUCGACCGCAUGUUCUCUUGAAAAGAUCCAUCAACUGGAACAAUGUGAUUCCAAACCGGCCCGCCUUCGCAAAGAUUGUUGUCGAAGGUUCUAUAGGCUUUGGUUUUGCCUUUGUGAUCGCAAUUGCUUUGUGGUGUCUCCUCUCUGAAUUGGUAGGUCGACUGAAGGGGGUUAACGCUCGUGGCAAGCGCCUUCUGGCGCAAAAUUUCUUUUUGAGGCAAGUCCAGGAGGAAAAAGAGGCAGCCAGGAAAAAACUAAUGGAAGAAAAGGAAGGCUCAACUAAGACAGGUAAGACUGUUGUCAAUGAUGCACCUGUAGACCUGAGGUGGAAAGACUUCAGUAUUAAGGUUGCAAAAUCGAAAGCUGUUCAGAAGCAUAUUGGUAAGAUCAAGAAGGCCGCAAAAUCGAAGGCUGUUCAGAAGCAUGUUAGUAAGAUUAAGAAGGCCGCAAACUCCAAGGCUGUUAAGAAGCACAUUGGUAAGAUUAAGAAGGCCGCAAAAUCGAAGGCUGUUCAGAAGCAUGUUCGUAAGAUUAAGAAGGCAGCGAACUCCAAGACUGUUCAGAAGCACAUUGGGAAGAUUAAGAAGGCCGCAAAGUCCAAGAAUGUUCAGAAACACAUUGGGAAGGUCAAGAAGGCAGUGGCAUCAAAGGUAAAGAAUAAGAAAGAGGAAAAAAGUAAGAAUGAGAAGAGCUCUAAAAAGAAGAAGGAAGGUGAAACGAAAAGUAAAAAAAGCUCACACAAAAAAGUGAAACAUAGGAAAAGUGAAGAGGAUUCUGAAGACUCUGACUAG